GGGCGGGUCACGUGCAGAAGCAGAUGAGGCGAGGUGAGGGACUCUGUACCUGAGAGCCGAGAGCUGCGGUCGCUCCUUCAGCUCCAGAGACAUGUAGAGGACUCCAGCUUUCACCAGAGUCAACAUCAGGACAGAAUGAUCAGGAUUACGCGUGUGGAGCUAUGGAGACCGUGUUAGUGAUCGCGCUGUGUUUGCUCUCGAGAGCAGCGACAGCAUCAGUGGAGAGACUGCCGGAGCCUGGAAACGUCCACUUCACCUCCGUGAACCUGAGGAACAUAGUCAAGUGGACGCCAGGGGAAGGAUCUCCCAAUGACACCGUCUUCUCUGUGGAAUAUGCCAAAUACGGCGAGGAGGAGACGAUCGGCAGUGGGCGGCUGCGAUGGAGGCGUGUGAAGCAGUGCAGAUCCAUUACACACACCGAGUGUGACGUGUCUCAGGAGACCUCUGAUUUGCAUGAGCAGUACUACGCCAGAGUCCGAGCCGUCAGCGCACACACACACUCCCUCUGGAGCGAGAGCACACACAGAUUCGAUCCAUUUCUCGACACGGUUAUCGGGCCGCCGCAUGUGGAAGUGAAUCUGCUGCACAACUACAUGAACGUCACCAUAAAGGGGCCCUUCAGAUGGAGAACUAAGAGAACAAAGGAAGACAGUUCGCUGAUGGAGAUCUUCUCUGAAAUGAUCUAUGACCUCUCCGUGUUCAACAGCAGGAGCAAUCACACAAAUCACAUGCAUCUCACGAACGGGAGCGUGAGGCUGGGCCCUCUGGACUUUUCCACACGGUUCUGCUUGGUGGUUUAUGCCAAAUCCAAGACGCUCCCUCUGGACUACAAACCCAGCGAGCAACUGUGCGUCGAGACUCCCAAAGACCCGUUCAGAGAUCAGCUGCUGGCUGCCAUGCUGGGAGGAGUGCUGCCGUCUGCGCUGUGUCUGUGUGUGCUGGCGGUGCUCGGCGGGCUCAUCCACUGCUACAUCACCGACCACAGGCAGACCCUGCCCAAGAGCGCUCACGUGGCUCGAUUAAGUGAUAAGCUGCAAACCUUCCAACCGGAAAUGCCUUCAACAAUCAUCAUUAACGUGUUAAAAAUGGGCCGGUUUGAAGACGAGUGGUCUGCGCUCUGUCCUCCGGCUCUGCCUCAGCCCGUCUCUGCCGAAGACUCGUCCGCGGCCCAGGCUCAGGCUCUGAACGCUGUGCCGGAGCCGCCCGUGUCUUAUGCGCUGCAGCACGAGCCGCCGCCGGCCGGAUCUGGAGCUCUUCAAGAGGACGAGGAUGAAGACUCAGGCAGGGAGGACGCCGAGCUGGAGCCGUGGCCACAGGAGCCUCCUCACAGCGAGGCAGGAGAUUACGGCAUCGUGCUGCCGGCCGGUUUCCACGCACCGGGCCGGUGUCCGGCCGAGCUCAGCCCGUACAGGGCUCAAGGCGUCACGGUAGACCCCUCUGAGCCUGAGGACGCCUGUGAGGACGAGUGUGAGGACGAGCAGAACGAUGAGGAAGUGGAAGCACAGAUAUUUUUGGACUGGAGCCCAGUGACUCGAGAGCUGACUAUCCCUCUGAUGGGCUUGUUGGGUCUUGAGGACGAGCCACAGAUCCAGACUGAAGCAGUCUCACUCCUGCCUAACGUGGUCCUGAGACAGUCCUCACAGGAAGGCGCCGAGCAGGACGAUGACUUCACCAAAAUGGAGCGCAACUGGGGCCUUAUAAUCCACUCCAACCCAGAGUAAACAGAGGAGUAACGCCACUGACUCGAGAGAGAAAAUAUGAAGGAGACUUUACACUGUGCACUUGCUAUUUGCCUUAUCUAUGUUUUAAGGAAUAUUUAAGUAUUUAUCAAAUGAUUUAUUAGUGCACAUCGUUAUUGUUUUCGAUCCAUGCGUCUUUUAAUAAUCUUGAAUCAGAAUAACCUGCAGCAUCUCUUCUCUUCCGAAGUGUUUCACUCGGAUAUAUCCGACA